AUCAUGAUUUUGGAAGGAACUGGCAGAAUGAGUAUCAAUUCCAGCAGCAAUCUACUUCACCAGCAGCCUUCCUGGACAGAUGGAUAUCCCACAUGUAAUGUGCCUGGCAGUUUCUAUGGAACUCAGUGGCAUGAGAUACACCCUCAAUACUGGACCAAGUACCAGGUGUGGGAGUGGCUACAGCAUUUCCUGGAUACCAACCAGCUGGAUGCCAACUGCAUACCUUUCCAGGACUUUGACAUCGAUGGCGAACAUCUGUGCAGCAUGACUUUGCAUGAAUUCACCCACGCAGCUGGGACAGCUGGCCAACUUCUUUACAGCAACCUUCAGCACCUAAAAUGGAAUGGUCAGUGUGGCAGUGAAAUGUACCCGUCACAUAAUGUCGUUGUAAAAACAGAACAAACAGAUCCGUCCUUAAUGGCCUCCUGGAAAGAAGAGAAUUAUUUGUAUGACAGUGGUUAUGGUAGCACAGUAGAGUUAUUGGACAGUAAAACUUUCUGUCGCGCACAGAUUUCCACGACUACUACCAGUCACCAGCCUCUUGAGUCUUCAGAUGAGAAAAAAACACAGGAUCAUCCCCCAAAGUCCCACACCAAGAAGCACAAUCCUCGAGGAACUCACCUCUGGGAAUUUAUCAGAGAUAUUCUCCUGAAUUCAGAGAAGAACCCAGGAUUAAUAAAGUGGGAAGACCGGUCUGAAGGUGUCUUCAGGUUCUUAAAAUCUGAGGCGGUGGCUCAGCUCUGGGGAAAGAAGAAAAACAAUAGCAGCAUGACUUAUGAGAAACUCAGCCGGGCCAUGAGAUACUAUUAUAAAAGAGAAAUACUGGAGCGUGUGGAUGGCCGAAGAUUAGUCUAUAAAUUUGGGAAGAAUGCCCGUGGCUGGAGAGAAAAUGAGAAUUGA